GGGCAGUACGUCGCGAAACCCCUGGUUCUUCGCCUCGCGGCACGGGUGAAAAUUGGAAAGGUGGGCCGAUAGCCAAAUCGUAGAACAUCUGGAGAGUAAUAGUUCCACUAUUACGUAUAAAUCCGCAACACAAUCGUCGUAUCCGCGCGAUCAGUGGAAACUGUUCGCACCUGUACUACGGAGUUAUAAACAUCAAACAAUAUCGGUCUCCUCAACGAAUUCCAGUUAGGAUGCGAGUUUUGUAAUAACGGCAUGCCAAUAGGACGUUCAGAGUCCUGCUAAUAUGCCAGACCUUGAUUCAUAAAAUUUAUUCGGUGUCUUUAGUCCGGUCGACUACAUAAUUGUUGAACAUAACGCGGCCAUUUGAUAAGCGCCCAUUCUGCGUUAUGAGCGAGGCGGUGAUAAAUAUCUCUGUUAAUUACAGAGAGAUUACCGAUCAUUGAUAAAUAGUAACAGGAAUCCAAUCGCCAAACUAUCCGCCAUGUCACUCGUGGUGAGCAUUAAGAACGUCCAAGCUCUCAAGUUCAAGGGAGAAAAGUUCGUCAAGAUCGACUUCAGAGGUGCGACACACUGUUCUCGAAGUCUCGACGAAAACGGAGAUCUCAUUGUCGUAGAUCAGAGUUUCACUUGGAAUUUGGGAAGGCCGGUGGAGGAGUCGGAGACGCUUCAGCUGACUGUUGUAUCCCGAGGGAUUUUGCGCAGUGAAAAAACAGUCGCGAAAUACGGUUUAAUUCUUCAGACUGUCAUUCAAGAAGGGAGGAUUCUAAUCAGCGAUUCACUGGUUGAUCUAAGCAACCGGCCACUUCCGGCAGUCGUUACACUCGAGGUGCGUUACACACCCCCGGACGGUAGCUGUAGCUCUUAUGCCGGUACAGAAAUAAUGGAGGAUGAACAAAGGAUGCUAAUCGAUAUUGAGCAAAACAUUGCAACUUUGGAGCGAAGCCUCGAGGAGGCAAAUUCCAUGAGACGUCGGGGUUCAUGGCACAGCCCCGCAGAGAAGGCAAGGAAGCGAGGAUCAGGAACCAUGCAGCGGGGCAGCUCCAUGUCUGCGGCGGAAGGGUCGCCGGAACGGAAACGGAGUUCUACUCUGAAAAGCGUCCGCUCCCUCAUGAGGCUUGGGAAGCAGAGACCACCGAGAGACAAAUCAUGCGACAGUAACUCUGAGUCACGGGGACUUUUGGAGCAACACGAUUUCAGCUGCACUUCGUCAAAUGCAGUUUCUCGGACAAAUUCAAUGACAUCGUUCGAAUUGAAUCCGUCCGACGACAGCCAGGUCAGUGGCAACGACGCGGAAAACAACUCGGCGAAAUCCUUGAGGAGAGCCCAACCCAAGAGUGGUGAAGUGGGACAGAGUGCCCUUAAAGCCCAAGACUAUCAGAUUUGCGUGACUGUCAUAGAAGCGAGACAACUCGCUGGACUCAACAUGGAUCCGACGGUUUGCGUCCAAGUCGGUGACCAACGGAAAUACACUAGUGUCAAAGAGUCCACGAACUGUCCCUAUUACAAUGAGUAUUUCGUGUUCGACUUCCACAUGCCGCCGAUUAUGCUGUUUGACAAGAUUAUCACUUUAUCGGUGCAGCAAUCGCGGAACCUUCUACGUCCUAAUCUAACACUGGGCAGCUUUAAGUUAGAUGUAGCCACCGUCUGGGCUCAGCCAGAUCAUCAAUUCUAUCACAAGUGGGCACUGCUUACUGACCCCGACGACGUCGCCGGAGGGCCAAAGGGAUAUCUGAAAUGCGACGUCAGUGUGAUUGGGAAAGGGGACUCGGUCAAGAUACCGCCGAAGAGUGAAAAGGACGAGGACGACAUCGAAGGGAAUCUGCUGCUGCCGGACGGUGUGCCGAUUGAACGACAGCGAGCCAGAUUUGUGGUAAAAAUUUACAGAGCCGACGGUCUACCAAAGAUGAACAGCAGUAUAAUGGCUAAUGUGAAGAAGGCAUUUACUGGCGAGGCAAAAGAUUUGGUCGACCCCUACGUGCAAGUCUCCUUUGCCGGACUCUGCGGCAAAACAAGCGUAAAACGCAACAGUUACGCACCUGUGUGGAACGAACAGAUAGUUUUUACCGAAAUGUUUCCGCCUCUGUGCCAGCGCAUCAAGAUUCAACUCCGCGACAACGACCCGGUUCAUGCAUCUGUAAUCAGCACCCAUUUCGUCGAUCUCAAGCAAGUGAGCAACGACGGUGAGAAGGGUUUCCUACCAACUUUCGGGCCAGCUUUCGUCCACAUGUACGGUAGCAUCAGAGAUUAUAGUCUCAUCGACGAACAUUCAACUUUGAACAUGGGUUUGGGCGAAGGAAUAUCUUACAGAGGAAGACUCCUUAUAGCCAUCAGAACUGAAAUAAGUGACAACGUUGACAUGGCGCCGUCAGAUGUUGAAGUUGAGCCGACGACACCGAUAACCGAGUCGUCUUAUGCCCGGAACGAGGAGUUUUUCAUGUUCGCGACCAUUAUGGACGCGACGAUGAUUGAUAAGAGACUCGGGGAUAAACCGGUGUACUUUGAAAUGUCAAUUGGGAACGCCGGGAACUCGUUGGAUGGAUACAAUGAAAGCUCUAAGGUUUGUGAAAUGAGCAUUCAAGGCGGUGCCGGCGGAAGCGGAGACGAGGAUGAGCUUCAAGAAGUCGUUACAGAUUCUUGUCAAAGUACAACGCAGCCGUGCAAGCCAAUGACCCACGACAAAAUGUAUUAUUUCCUACCUUACUGGGACAACAAGCCCUGCUUACACGUGCGGAGCAUUUGGCCCGACUAUCGCCGAAGAAUGUACAGCAGCAACAUAAUCGGGAAAAUAGCGGAUAAACUGGAAGAAAGCCUAGCCCAAGUGAUGUCACGCGUCGAGGAUACUACUGCCGAGAAAUGCUUGAAAAUUGCUUUCGAGGAAUUGAGCAGCAAUUGUAAUCGGUACGCCAGCAUCAGUAGAUCUUUCACCACCGGACCGGGUGUUGGCAAAACGAAACUGGACAAAGAGAGGUCGAAGCUGUGUCAAAGGGAGAUUGAAAAUAUUGGGAACAUGUCAAGGAGCUUAAAAGCUACGGUCACCAAGAGUAGCUUCAAAGAAAGACUCAAGACUGCCCAAACUUACUUGCAAAGACUCAGGCUACUCGUUGACGACCCCCAAGAUUCGCUACCGGAUGUUUUCAUAUGGGUUGUAAGUUCUGGAAAACGAGUAGCCUAUCACAGAAUUCAGGGAAGAGAUUUAAUCUAUUCCAUCGUAGACGAAGAAUGCGGCCGGUACUGCGGCAAGAUUCAAACUAUGUUUUUAAAGCUGCCUGGAAAGAAGAGAUUCGGCCCAUCCGGAUGGGCAAUUCAGACCAAAUUACAAAUAUACAUCUGGCUCGGUAUAUUGAAGCACAAGAAGUAUUUUAUACAGGGGCUACCCAAGGGUUAUGAAGUCAGUCACGAACUGAAAAACGUCGACAGGCCGCGAGCCCUGCCUCCGUCAACGAUCCAUUACAUUCGAAAACACAAAUUCCAAUUGAGGGCACACAUGUAUCAAGCAAGGUCACUCAUUGGUAGCGACGCUUCGGGGCUGUCCGAUCCCUUCGCUCGAGUCAUUUGUGGCGAGUUCUGUAGGUCAACACAGGUAAUCGACGAAACCUUAAGUCCAACGUGGGACGAACUUCUGCUCUUUGAUGACAUAUUGAUAUACGGAACGGCCGAAGAAAUAAAAAACGAUCCACCCUCGAUUAUCGUUGAGCUGUUCGAUCAGGACAAAGUGGGAAAGUCGGAGUACAUCGGCAGAGCGAUAGCUCGACCCCAUGUGAAAUUAGCUUCAGAGUCGUACGGUCCGCCUCAGUUCCCACCGUCGUUGGAAUGGUACGACGUGACGAGAGGGAUCGCCAGAGCCGGCGAGCUGCUCGCUGUGUUCGAACUCCUGGAGCAUCCGUCGGUGAAGGAUUAUGGUUUCCCCACGCUCCCUGACCCCAAGCUCCGAGAUCUUGGUCUUCAUCAAGGAAACUCAUCUGGCCUCGAUACGUUAGGAUCAAUUCUUCCCGUUCCCAUCGGCAUCAGGCCUACCCUCUCGAAAUACAGAAUCGAGGUUCUCUUCUGGGGACUUCGUGAUCUGAAGCGAGUACACUUGCUAACGGUCGACAAACCUCGCGUCGACGUUGAGUGUGCCGGUCACAUACUUUACUCGUCAGUAAUUUCAAACGCAAAGAAAAAUCCAAAUUUCAGCACGCCCAUAAAAUUUAUGGAACUGGAGCUUCCCGAGCAAGAGCUCUACCGUCCGCCACUGACAAUUCGUGCUGUUGACUGUCGGAGUUUUGGUAGAUAUACCCUCGUUGGAACGCACACAAUAAGCUCCAUUCACAAAUACAUGCAUUGUCCGCAAACAAGGUAUAACCCGAGAGACGUCGAGGACAGGAAAAGAAGUCCUCAUCACGUACAAUCGUUCGACCAGUUUAAGGCGAAGAACCAGCAUAGCCUGCUUUUAGAUACGUUUACGGACAACGAUUCAUGCAACGGUGAUUCGAUUAUCAAGCUGGGAUUCGAGCUAACCGAUAAUUGGCCUACAACGAAGCGGGACAAAACUGAGCAGAAUGUUCGUCGGAGGCACAGUUUGGCCACCAACGAUAGCUCAGGUGAUUUGACGGCCCUUGAAGACGAGAAUGGCUGCCAGGAUUGGUGGACCAAAUAUUUUGCGUCAAUCGAGGCAAUGAUUGAGGAGAACAAAGAGAUGUUACGGAAAGGAAAGUCAUUAUUCCCGAACCAGCAGAACGGCACACUUCCGACAUAUUUGGACCAAGACCUUGCAUCUCGCGGUAACGCGACUAAUUCUACAGGUGACAAGAGCCCAGGUAUUCACUCGACAAGGAAGCUUUUCGGUUUGCGGCCCACGGGAAACACGACGCAUCUUUCUUCAAAAUUAAGCCCCAAGCACAUGUCUCGGAACGUAUGCGAUAAAACGGCAUUGUUGAAAAUCUAUCCUAACGAACUCGAAGCACAGCCUGAGUAUGAACAUUUCAAGGAGUGGUUGCACACUUUUGAAUUGUACAGAGGUAAAAAGAUGGGUGACGAACCCGAGGACGAGUCACGAAUCGUUGGUAGCUUCAAAGGAGCUUUGAAGGUUUACAAGUGGCCACUGCCAAAAGAUCUCGUGGAUCAUAACGGGAUGAGUUUUGAUCCGCAAUACGGCUUCUUUCAGGGAUUGCCCUCGAACGAUCCUAUACACGUUCUGGUCAGGGUAUACAUAGUCAAAGCAAAUGACCUGCAUCCCUGCGAUUUGAACGGCAAAGCCGAUCCCUACGUUGUUCUGCAGCUUGGCGGCAAGAGCAUCAGCGACAAGGAUAGCUACGUAUCAAAGCAAUUGAACCCAGUAUUCGGAAAGUGUUUCGAAAUUGAAGCUACCUUUCCGCAGGACUCACUUCUCACGGUACAGGUAUUGGACUGGGAUCUGGUUGGAUCAGAUGAUCUAAUCGGGGAGACUAAGAUUGACUUGGAAAAUCGGUUCUACAGCAGGCAUCGUGCUACGUGCGGACUAGCAAGGAAAUACGACGACUCCGGUUACAACAAGUGGCGAGACGCCCUUAAACCAACGCAAAUACUGUCGAAGCUCUGUAAAGAUGGGAAAUUGGACGGUCCAUCUUACACCCACGGACGAGUAACAAUCGGACGUAAAAAUUUCACACUGUCUCAUGACGAAAUGGAGAAUUAUGUCCAUACAAAAGGCAUGGAGGAACAUCUCGCCUUGGCAGUCCUACAUCAGUGGAGCUCGUUUCCUCGACUAGGUACUACGUUGGUACCGGAGCACGUGGAAACACGCCCGUUGUACAAUCCUGACAAACCUGGCAUUGAGCAGGGUAAGCUCGAGAUGUGGGUGGAUCUAUUUCCGAUGGACAUGCCUCUGCCUGGCCCACCGUUGGACAUUUCCCCAAGGAAACCAAAAAGUUAUGAGCUGAGAAUUAUUAUCUGGAAUACGGACGACGUCGUCUUGGAGGACGACGCGUUUUUUACCGGUGAAAAAAUGAGCGACAUCUAUGUUAAGGGAUGGCUGAAAGGGCCAGAAGAUUGCCAGUGCACAGAUAUUCAUUAUAGAUCGUUAACCGGCGAGGGCAAUUUUAACUGGCGGUUGAUAUUUCCAUUCGACUACCUUGUAGCCGAGGAAAAGAUUGUCAUCAACCGAAAGGAGAGUUUGUUCAGUUGGGACGAAACGGAAUGUAAAAUACCCGCACGAUUGGAAUUACAGGUGUGGGAUGCGGAUCAUUUCUCGGCUGAUGAUUUUCUUGGAGCAAUCACGUUGGACUUGAAUCGAUUUCCACGGGGCGCGAAGAACAGUAAGCUGUGCACCUUGGAAAUGUUGAAAGUGGAUGGAUCUGUGCCGAUGGUCAAUAUAUUCAAGCAGAAGCGUAUCAAAGGAUGGUGGCCUUUUUACGUGAAGAAGGAAUGUGAGGACAUGGAAUUAACGGGAAAAGUUGAAGCUGAAAUACAUUUACUAACAAAAGAAGAGGCUGAGAAAAAUCCUACCGGUUACGGAAGAAACGAACCGGACCCUCUCGACAAGCCAAAUCGGCCGGACGCUUCAUUUAUGUGGUUUCUGAAUCCUCUUAAGUCUAUCAAGUAUAUCGUAUGGCACAACUACAAGUGGGCAAUACUCCGAAUUUUCGUACUCAUUGCCGUAGCUUUGUUGGUUCUCCUUUUUUUCUACGCUAUCCCUGGAUAUUCAGUGAAAAAAAUUUUAGGCGCUUAAUUAAUUCGUAUCGCACUCGUGCCCAUUUCAAGACAUUCGUGAGCACCGCGACUUGCUUGCAGUUUCAUUUAAAAAUAUUAUAAACAAACUGCCGCAAGAGAAUAGGAAUUAUAAAGUACGUGACGAAUGACAAAAGUACAACGUUCUAUCACAGGCUAUAUAUGUCAAUGAAGUGUAAUUUUCGCAUAAAAUUUUUAUGUAUUUCUUAUUCCACGAUUAUACUCCUGAUAACGCAAGCAUGAGAAUACAGCGGAAAAUUUACAGGCUGAGCCUGAAAAAAUGAAUCCGGCUGAUCAUAAUACUUGCUGUAACUGAUAAUGAGCGUUCGAGUAUGCCCCAAAUUUGCGUUGUAUAAUAAUUCAUGGGAUCAUAAUGCACUCGCCAGUCAAGCUCAACUCACUAGCGUGCAUAAUUUAUAAUCCUUCUUCCUGCUUGUACUAUCAGUAACACAAAAAAAUACUCGAACAGAUAACAAAUAUCCUACAUACAAUGGACCAAUUGUUAGAAUUAUGCAAUUCUCAUGACAACUUCAGUCAACAACUUGAUCCAAUCAAAUCAAGGGUACCUAUGUCUGAUGAUCAGAUAACACAUUUUUACUAACGAGUAAUACGGGUAGACAAAACUUUCUGUUAGUUUAUGUAAAGUCGAAAAAUAUAUGAUUAGAGAGUAACUAUAUAUCACUCCAGAUGUUUACAAUAGGUUAUGUAACCCAACUUACCCUACUCAAAAAACGUAAUUUGAUCCGAAUACGUGUUUAAUAUAGUACAUUAAGUAUCAAGGGCGGAAAGGAGGCGAUUUUACGGAGUGCGAAGUUAGCCGCACGAGGGAAGCGAGGGCGGCGUACACACGAAUAAAAUCGCGUUCCGCCCGUGCUGCACACGAUACUUUUUAACAGACGCUUUUGAAAAUGCGAAAUAUCGAAAUGAUGAGAAAAAAAAAUGAGAGCUGUCAUGGGACAGCCGGUACGAACGAAGUUCCUUACGCUAUAUUACUGCUCAUUGAAUAAAUUAAGAACGUUUAAUUGAAGAAAAAUUAA